AUCUCUCAUGAGUUGCUACUGCUUACUGAAGAUCAUUGAAUGCAGAAGUAAUAAGAUGUUCAAUGUUGGGUUUGUUGACCCAGAUAAAGUACAUCAUGACACGGUAAAGAAUAAUGUCGAAGAAACGGGGGGAAACCUACUAAGGUUUAUAGGGGAGCAAAGCUUCUGUGAUUCAAUACUGUUUCCUUACAACUACAGUUUCCACUGGAUUCUGCUAAAUAUUCAAGUUGAUAAGGGAAUAGUUGAAGUAAGGGACCCAUUGAGUAGAGGCCUGGACGGGUUCCGCGACUUGCAGAAGAUUCUCCAGACGUGUUGGAGAGCUUUGAAGAAUAAUAUUGCGGGUUGCAUAACAGAGUACCCCCGCGGGUCACUCCCUAGGGCGCCUCCGGGGGCGAUCUCGCUGCGCCGCCACCAAAUUCCCCGCCGCACCCUCCUCUCGCCGCCGCUGUCGUCGGCCCUCGCCGCGGUGGCGCCGGACCCAGGCGCCGAAGGUGGUUGA